AUGCCCGCGCUUAAGAGGAAGUGGCCAGGGGACGACGAUGACACUGGCAUCACCGUCGAACCCAUCGUCGUUGAUGAGAGCGAAGAGGGACAGCCGGGAAUAAUGUCCAAGCCACCUCAGGGUCUUUCGAAGAGAAAUGGCAACGAUAUACAGUCCAAGGAGGCGCCACGCGGACUACAGGAAGAGACGCUGCCAGGUUCAUCCAUCAAGAAGCAAAAGAUUGACGAUUCUGUGUCCAUCGAGUUCAAGUUGUCGGGCGCUCUCUUCCGCUCCUCAGAAGUCAGUGCCAUGGAUGAGCCCGGCUAUCCCGAGCAGGCAUGGGGCCGAGACCGUUUGCUGCUGCGCAAUAUGCUCAUCGACUUCGUGUCAAAAUUCACGGCGAGAUCAGAAGAUUCGUCAAUCCUGACAGCGCUCAACAAGAUGACAGACAUAGCAUCUUCGCUCAAAGAGCACCCCGGUCGCUCACCGGCUUACAGAAGAGCACAAUUUCAGAUAGGCCAGAGCCGUCUCAUGCAAAUGCCUUUCGAGAUCAGGAGCUCGAUCUGGAAGGCUGCCAACCUUCCAAAACUGGACUGCUGCUUGGCAGGUCUGAAGUGGCACGAAGAGGCUCGGCGUCAAUAUAAGACCAUCGGCAUAGCAAACAUGAGAAUCGCCUAUGUCCAUUUGACUAAAGGCAGAGGUUUGCCAGUCAAUCGACAAAUCCUCAUGGAGAGUCAGAUCGUUGCCGAGCCUAUUGGGGCGCAAUUUUGCUCGGUCUUUUGUCUCGAUCAGGUCGCGCUCGCUAUGGUUCACAUGUUCGUGCAUACAGGUUUUACCUAUCUGCACUUUCCGCAGGAAUCGAAGCAAUGGAUGUCUCUUCGCAGUCUCAAGGUGCCUGCGGCGGCAUGCACAGCCCAACAUUGCGUCCACUUUUGCACUUUACCGCAGAAGAGCAACGCCAAGGAAGCUGUUGGCUGGGACUGGCAGUAUCAUGUUGAAGGUGAAUUCCUCGUCUUUGAGAGAUCGCCGUGA